GUGUAGUUCGACGCGUGCCGCCUCAGUUCACGAUCAAGCCGCAGCCGAUGUUCGAGGUGAUGCUUGGCCAGGACCUGAACCUGACGUGUGUGGCGGUUGGCUCCCCGAUGCCAUUCGUCAAGUGGCGGCGAGGCCCCGCCCAGGACCUCACUCCCGAGGACAAGCUGCCGAUUGGUCGCAACGUGUUGGAGCUGGCCAACAUCCAGCAGUCGGCCAACUACACGUGUGUGGCCGCAAGCGCGCUCGGUGUCAUCGAGGCUAUGACCACUGUCAAAGUCCAGUCCCUGCCUAGCGCUCCGACCAACGUGCAAAUAUCUGAAAUAACAGCGACGUCGGUGCGUUUGACGUGGUCCUAUCCGAACACAGAAGACCUGCUCUACUAUGUGAUCCAGUACAAGCCGAAGAAUGUGAACCAGGCGUACAGCGAAAUCUCGGGCAUAAUCACGAUGCACUACGCAGUGCGAUCGCUCAGCCCCUACACCGAGUACGAGAUGUUUGUCAUUGCUGUGAACAACAUAGGCCGAGGCCCGCCCAGCGCUUCCGCCAUUGUUACUACCGGAGAAACUGCUGAUUCAUCACAUGGAGGUUCAAAACCCGGGUCGGCACCAAAAAACGUUCAAGUGAGACCCCUCAGUUCGAGCACCAUGGUUAUCCAGUGGGAAGAGCCCGAGCAACCCAAUGGUCAAGUCACCGGCUACAAAGUGUAUUACACAGAGAACCCACAGCAGUCGAUGGCGUCGUGGGACUCGCAGAUGGUUGACAACAACAUGUUGACGACAAUCAGCGACCUGACGCCGCACACCAUCUACACAAUCCGCGUGCAGGCCUUCACCAGCGUCGGCCCUGGUCCGCUGUCCGAGCCAGUCCUCGUCAAGACUCAACAAGGAGUGCCCAGCCAGCCAAGUAAUCUACGUGCAACUGACAUUGGAGAGACAUCAGUGACCCUGCAGUGGAGUAAACCAUCUCACGCUGGCGAGAAUAUUGUUAGCUACGAACUUUACUGGAAUGACACUUAUGCCAAGGAGAAAUUUCAUCGGCGCAUCCCGAUCACAGAGACAUACACACUGACCGGCCUCUACCCGAACACUCUUUUCUACGUGUGGCUUGCGGCGAGGUCCCAGCGGGGGGAGGGGGCCACCACUUCCCCCAUCCCCAUUCGCACCAAACAGUACGUGCCGGGAGCGCCGCCGCAGAACGUGUCGGGGGUGGCGGAGGGGCCAACAGCCAUCCGCGUGUCAUGGCAGCCGCCUCCGUCCGACAAGAGCAACGGUCGCAUCGUCUACUACAAGCUGCAGGUGGUGGAGGCGGGUCGCUCAGACUCGGAGGCGGUCGUCACCAUGCUGAACAGCACCUCGUUUCUGCUGGACGAACUGAAGCGCUGGACCGAGUACCGCAUCUGGGUGCUGGCUGGUACCAGUGUUGGUGAUGGACCACCCUCCUACCCCAUCACCGUUCGCACCCACGAAGAUGUGACCAGCGAUAAGUUGCCUGGAGAUCCUCAAGAAGUGAAAGCACAGGCUAUCAAUUCGACCGUCAUUCAUGUUCAGUGGAAACCUCCGGUGGAGAAAGACAGGAAUGGAAUUAUUCGGGGAUAUCACAUACACGUGCAGGAAACAAAGGAAGACGGCAAGAGCCUGCUGAACGAGCCGAUGCGUUUCAACGUGCUGGACGGUGCAGUGCUGGAGAUGAACGUGACGUUUCUGCAGCCGGACACCAAGUACUCGAUCCAGGUGGCCGCACUCACGCGCAAGGGCGACGGCACGCGCAGUCUGCCAGUCAUCGUCAAGACACCUGGAGGCGUGCCUAACCGGCCCACUGUCAAUCUCAAGGUAUUGGAAAGAGAACCAGAAGUGAGUAUAGAACUGGAAUGGAAUAAGCCGACACAAACGUAUGGGGAGCUGCAAGGCUAUAGAUUGAGGUAUGGAGUGAGAGAAACACCUCUCAUUGAAGUUAUGCUGCAGACAACUUCUCAUAAAAUAUCAUCUCUAGAGAGUGGAGUGGAGUACGAAUUCAGGGUGUCAGGCAAAAACAACAUCGGAUUCGGCCAGGAGGCCAUAAAGUACCUGAAGACUCCGGAGGGGCCUCCAACCGGACCACCCACCAAUCUGACGCAUCACUUCCAGACGCCUGACGUGGUCUGCGUCACGUGGGCUCUGCCAGAACGCAAGCAUCGCAACGGGCAGGUCACACACUACGAUGUCCAGUUCCAGAAGAAGUCUGAUCAGUCCACCAUAACUGAUAGGAAUACCACUCAAACAAAGGCUGUGUUCUCGAAUCUGGAGGAGAGUGGCGACUACGUGUUCAAGGUGCGCGCGCAUACGGGCGCCGGGGAGGGGCCGUGGAGUGAGAGUGUGCCGAUCGCCACCGACCGAGACAUCGUGCGCGCGCCGAUGGGCGUCAAGGCGGUCGCCACCUCCGACCAGAGCGUCGAGGUGUGGUGGGAGCCCGUGCCCAGUCGCGGCAAGAUUGUCGGCUAUCAGUUAUUCUACACUACGACUGCUGUCGAAGAUCUGGACGAGUGGCAGCAGAAAAUUGUUCCUCUGACUGAAUCUGCAGAUUUGCUCAGCUUAGAAAAGUACGCUCAGUAUGCCAUUGCUGUGGCAGCACGCACAAAGACUGGCCUUGGUAGACUUUCGGAGAAGGUAACGGUGAAAGUGAAGCCGGAAGAUGUGCCUCUCAACCUGAGGGCUCACGAUGUCAGCACUCACAGCAUGACGCUGUCCUGGUCGCCUCCCAUUCGCCUUAAUCCAAUUAAUUAUAAGAUUUCGUUCGACGCCGUGAAGGAGUUCUUGGACUCGCAGGGCAUGACACAGACGCAGAUAGUGCCACGACGCACCAUCCUGCUGGAGCCACACGCACGCACCAACACAAUCAACGAGUUGUCUCCAUUCACGACGUACAACGUGAAUGUGUCGGCCAUCCCCUCCGACCACCGCUACCGGCCCCCCACCCGCAUCACCGUCACCACCCAGAUGGCCGCCCCUCAGCCCAUGGUCAAGCCCGACUUCUACGGAGUUGUCAACGGCGAGGAAAUACAGGUUAUUCUACCUCAAGCAUCAGAAGAAUACGGACCAAUCAGUCACUACUACUUGAUCGUUGUUCCUGAGGACAAGUUGACAAUGCACAAAAAUCCCGAUCAAUUCUCCACAGAAGAGAUGAUUGCCAACAAAGGAAACAAAAAUGAAAGGGAACGAGCUCCUUACAUUGCUGCCAAAUUUCCACAACGAAACAUUCCAUAUACUUUUGAUUUGGGCUCUGGCGAUACAUAUGAAGGCUUUGUGAAUAGAAAACUGAAUCGUACAGUACGUUACAGAAUAUUUGUUAGAGCUAUCGUUGACACGCCACAAAAGCACUUGUUCACCUCGAGUCCAUUCUCUGAGCUGCUGGCGCUGGACAUGCGCGAGGUGCCCCCUGGCGAACCCCCCCGCCGCCCCAAUCCCUACGUGCCUGUCGAGAACUCUGACGUCAGCAUGAAUCGCAACACAGAGGAGGCCGGCAUGGUGUGGGUCAUCGGGCCCAUCAUCGCCGCCCUCAUGCUCUCCAUCUGCCUCGUCCUGCUCUUCAUCGUCAAAAAUAGGAGGAAGCAGCACUGCAAGACACCUGACCAAUCAGCGGUCACUAAGCCGCUGAUGGGAGGCGUGGGUGGUGGAGGGGCAGAGGUGGCUACAUGCCACGCCCCCUCCGACCCGGUCGAGAUGCGACGAAUCAACUUCCAGACGCCAGGCAUGAUCUCGCAUCCGCCCAUCCCCGUCACCGAACUGUCCAAUCACAUCGACCGGCUCAAGGCCAACGACAAUCUCAAGUUCUCGCAGGAAUACGAAUCUAUUGAACCCGGCCAACAGUUCACAUGGGACCACUCGAAUAUGGAGGUGAACAAGCCCAAAAACAGAUACGCGAAUGUCAUCGCCUACGAUCAUUCACGAGUGAUACUCCAACAAGUGGACAAUAUGCUUGGAACCGACUAUAUCAAUGCCAACUACUGUGAUGGAUAUAGGAAGCACAACGCUUAUGUGGCUACUCAGGGUCCUCUACAAGAGACAAUAGCUGAUUUCUGGCGAAUGUGCUGGGAGCUGCGGACGGCUACAAUAGUGAUGAUGACCAAAUUGGAAGAGCGCACCAGAAUCAAAUGCGACCAGUACUGGCCUUCGCGUGGCACUGAGACCUACGGCACCAUCACUGUCACACUCUCUGAUGUACAGGAACUAGCCACCUACUGCAUCCGAACUUUCCAUAUCAAUAAGUCGAACUACUCGGAGCGUCGCGAGAUCAAGCAGCUGCAGUUCACCGCGUGGCCAGACCACGGCGUCCCCGACCACCCGGCGCCCUUCCUGCAGUUCCUACGCCGCGUGCGCGCCUGCAACAUGGCGGCCGGGGGUGCCGGGGGGCCCCUGGUGGUGCACUGCAGUGCGGGCGUCGGCCGCACCGGCUGCUUCAUUGUCAUCGACUCCAUGAUGGAGCGCAUGCGCCACGAGAAGAGCAUCGACAUCUACGGACAUGUCACCUGUCUGCGCGCGCAGCGAAACUAUAUGGUCCAGACUGAGGAUCAAUACAUAUUUAUACAUGACGCUCUCCUAGAAGCAGUUAUUUGUGGCAAUACAGAAGUGCCUGCCAGGAACCUCCACACUCACAUCACUAAACUGAUGCAGACUGAUCUUGGAGAUUCUAUCACCGGAAUGGAACUCGAGUUUAAGAAACUGUCAAAUAUCAAGUGCGACUCGACACGGUUCGUGUCGGCCAACCUGCCCGUCAACAAGCAUAAGAACCGGCUGGUGCACAUUCUGCCGCUUGAGAGCUCGCGCGUGUGCCUGGCUCCACUGCGUGGCGUGGAGGGCAGCGACUACAUCAAUGCCAGCCUCAUCGACGGCUACCGCACGCGGGCCGCCUACAUCGCCACGCAGGGCCCCCUUGCCGACACUACUGACGACCUUUGGCGCAUGCUCUGGCAGCACAACUCCACCAUCGUCGUCAUGCUCACCAAGCUCAACGAGAUGGGCAGGGAGAAGUGCCACCAGUACUGGCCGAGCGAGCGCUCGGUGCGCUACCAGUGCUUCGUGGUGGACCCGAUCGCCGAGUACAACAUGCCCUCCUACAUCCUGCGCGAGUUCAAGGUGACCGACGCGAGGGACGGCAGCUCGCGAACCCUGCGCCAGUUCCAGUUCACCGACUGGCCCGAGCAGGGCGCGCCCAAAUCGGGCGACGGAUUCAUCGACUUCAUCGGCCAGGUGCACAAGACCAAGGAGCAGUUCGGUCAGGAUGGGCCCAUCACUGUUCACUGCAGCGCUGGAGUUGGAAGGACAGGAGUGUUCAUAACGCUGAGCAUCGUGCUGGAGCGAAUGCAAUACGAAGGUGUCGUUGACUUAUUUCAGACUGUUAGGAUUUUAAGGACGCAGCGGCCGGCCAUGGUAUCUACUGAGGAUCAGUAUCAGUUUUGCUACAAGGCGGCUUUGGAGUACCUGGGAUCGUUCGACCACUACGCCAACUAGUGAUGUGCCCCAGCAGACCAGUUCGAGUUCGAUCAUCUGGUCUGAUCCUAACUGCCGUGUAGUCACAAUCACCUAGUUAUUUCAACAGAACACUAGUUAUAUUCGAUCGAUCCAGUUCAUAGUACAAUCGGUUCACAAACUCACUACGAGCUAGACUGUGAAUAACAUGAGAAUAAUUGUUGAUGUGUUCAUAUUUAGUUUUCUAUUAAUCUGUUAUGUUCUGCAAAUAGUUUUUAAAUGUAAAUGUAAUCAUUGAGCCGAGUCCGUUCCUUGGUUAGUCUGUAAAUGCAUCUUGAGAUGAGCUCUCUUGGAGGAGUGCUUUGUACAUAAAUUGACUACAGAAAGCUAGCCUAAAUUAUGUAAUUUCAAUAAUAUUUUAGAUAGCGUAAAUGAUCAAUGACUUCUUCUUGAUCAACGAUUUUAAGUUAAGUGACUUGUGCAUAUACCUGGACUAUCGCAUUGGUAUGCAUAUUUCAUUCAAACGUGUGUGAUUAUCAAGAGUAGUGUAUGUAUGUGUGAGAGUAUAUAUGUUUGUGCGCUGGUUUUAUAAACCAUGUGUGAUGAAACUAAAUAAAUGACUUAGUUACUUUAGUUACUUAGGUAUAAGCUAUUAUUACCUAUAACAUUUUCUUUUUAUUAAUAU